UGAAGAUCUGGGGACAUAAUCCCGAAUAGAAGGGGUAUUUAUUUUCAUUUCUUUUUCAUCAUGGAAAUAGGGAGUAUCCGUAUGAAUAAACAAAAAGAUACAUAAAUAGACAAUAAAUACCCAAAACAAAUUAGCUGAAUUUUGUUGUUGGGAUUAACCAUCCAGCUCUUUCCAGGAUCCAAAGAGGGUUUAUAAACUUUUUUUUUUUCUUCCACUGUGCGUUGUGUAACCAGAAGGGAGAUGUUUUCUAACCGGGAUGAGCGCAAUGCGGAGACUCGUUUUUACAGAAAGGUUUUCAUCGCACCUUGUGCGUAAUGCCUUCAGCAGAAAUAAGGAUGAAGGUGUUAAAGGUGCUCGACAGAGGAGGACAGCGCGUGCUGGUGGCGUUUGGAUGGCUUCUUUUAUGGGCGACGCGCAGUGGAGCAGCUUCUAGAUGUGUAGACCAACCCUGCAGUCCACCCCUUGGGAAUCUGGCCAGUGGCAGAGAACUUCUUACCCUGUCAAGCUGCUGUGUUAACAACAAUUCCCACCAGCGUUUGUGCUCCUAUCCACCCCAUUUAUGCCCAGAUAACACUCAUCCUCCUUCCUUCAUGACCGACGACCCAUUUUUGCACCCUGAUACCUGGUGGGCAUCAGGAGAAGAUGACGUAAAGCAGGAUGAGAUCCGGCUGAAUCUGGAGACAACUUUCUACCUCUCUCAUAUAGUUUUGGUGUUCAGGUCUCCCAGGCCUGCUUCCAUGGUCAUUGAGCGUUCAGCUGAUUUUGGGAAGACAUGGGAGGCUCUCAGGAUAUAUGCUCACAACUGCAGGGUGGAAUUCGAUCUGGACGAUGACCUUAAUCAGCCGGGCUCACUUUGCACGUCCCGUUACUCUAAUCCUCGACCUUGCAGUGGAGGGGAGGUAAUCUUACGUACUCUGGAUCCAAGCAGUGCAAGAACAUUUGACCCAUAUAGUCCAGAGGCCCUUGUCCGCCUGACCGUCACAAAUCUCCGCAUCAGACUUUUGAAAGCUCAGACUUGUCCCGUGUCUAUAAACUAUUCAGCAGAACGGACAAACCCCACAGACUCAUUAAAAAGCACACCCUCAGUACCAUAUGCUAUUUAUACCUUACAGGCCAGGGGGACAUGCUUGUGCCAUGGACAUGCUGAAUAUUGCAUACCAUAUAAAGACAAUGAGGACAAAAGACAAAAAAGUGACAUGGUAUUUCCAAAGUGUCAAUGCGUUCACCACACUGAAGGGGAUCACUGUGAGAGGUGUGCCCCACUCUAUAAUGACAGGCCUUGGAGGCCUGCCAACGGCAGCAGUGGUGAACCGAACCCAUGUUCCAAGUGCGAAUGCCAUGGCCAUGCAGAUAGCUGUCACCUCUCUCUGCGAGCUUGGAUCUCCUCAGGUGGAACCAGCGGGGGUGUCUGUGAUAACUGUAAACAUAACACUGAGGGCCGCAGGUGUCAGCGCUGCCGUCAUGGCUACCAUCGCCGCAUGUUAGUACCCCUCAGGUCUCCCCACGCCUGUACACGCUGCUGGUGUGAUCCUCGUGGAGCGUUGCCUCCUCUACCUGGGGAGGUUGGACCCUGGUGCCACCCUAAAAGCGGCCAGUGCCACUGUAAGUCUGGUGUAGGAGGUGUGAGCUGCAGUCACUGCCUGUCUGGCUUCUGGGGGUUUGGAGAAGAUGGCUGCAAACCGUGUGUCUGUCCACACAGCUGUGACCAGACUACCGGGCACUGUCUGAAAAGCUUUCCAAAUAAUUAUGUAGUGAAUGUGCCCAUUGGUGGAAAAAUCCCUGAUGUGGAUCAAAUGUUCACGGCUGAGAAAGAAGUGUCAUGGUCGAAGGAGCUUGAAGUGUCUGCUUCACACAACACAGGAAAAUGCAGGUGUAAGGAGAAAAGCCUGAGAAGUAUCACUGACCUUUGCAGGACCAAACAUGACUACGUGAUUAAGGCGAGUGUGCUGUCGGCUCAUGACAAAGGCAGCCAUGCAGAGGUGAGGGUUAAAGUUCGUAAGGUGUUUAGAUCUGGUCAGGUCAGGCUGCACCUGGGGAUCAUCAGUGUGUACCCUCUGUCCUGGACCAGCCGUGGCUGCACCUGCCCCAUCCUAAACCCAGGUGUGAAAUACUUGCUUGCUGGCUCAGAGGAGCCUGGAACGGGUCGGUUGUUGGUCACCCUGCAGAGUGUCGUAGUUCCAUGGACGCCUCGGCUAUCUCUGCUUUUCUCAGUGGGCUUGAUGAAUGGAUGCCUAUGAUUCCAACAGGCAGAGCUGAAUUUAAAGGGACUAACCUGAUAUAGAACAGACCGUUUCCCAAAAAGAGAACUUUUAGAAGUGGCUGUUGUGAUGUUAAAAAAGACCAAAGAGGCGAACUCAUGGCCAGGUGAGUUCACAAAACUGAAGGAAUUACAGUGCCUUCAGAGGAUUCUUGAAAAUCAUUUUAAAGUUGUUCAGUGUUACAAGCGUAAACCUCAUUUUAGUUGUUAGACCAAUAAAGAGCAAUUUAUUAUUUUAGGGAUGAAACAAUCGAUUGAUCUUUAAUGUGCCUACUCUAAAAGAUGCCAUUGGCUGAAGCGAAUAAGAGCAGAAAUUAGGCCAAAACCAAACAAAAUAAACAAAAUUUUCACAUUUAAAAUAACAUCUUUUUCAGCAACUGUGGUCCUUCUAGAACUCCUCACUGCUUGCUAUCUGAUUAUAAAUAGAUAAUU